AUGGAGCAUUCAGGCAUCUUUGCCCUUUUGAAGCAUGGUCUAUGUUGGUAUGUGGGUAACGGAGAAAGUAUUCAAGUGUGGUCUGAGAACUGGAUAUCUAACCAUCACCCGCAGAAACCUAUCCUUCGGAGAAUCCUGCCGGACGGGGCUACAAUGAGCUGCCUUAUUGAUGUUGAAAACAGGUGCGGGAACCGAAAUUUAGUCGAAGAUGUUUUCUUACCCUCUGAAGCAGAGGCUAUCCUGAAGAUGCUCGUUAGUUAUCGUCUUCCGGAGGACACAAUCCGAUGGUCUCACACAAGGGUAUCAGCUGCUCAACCAUCUGUCACCGAUGUGGGGAAAGGGAGGAAUCUAUCCUUCAUGUUUUUUAAAGAAUGCACUUGGAUGCGUAGUUUUUGGCUUGCUUCGUCGUUGGGUUAUCGGGUAGACAUGAUGAGUGCCUUAAACAUUGCGGUUUGGAUUGAUAGUGUCAGGUUAGCUCUCCCACGGUCCCAAUUCUAUGUGUUUGUGAAUAUGUUAUGGAAGGUGUGGUUUAGCAGGAACAUGCUUUUGUUUGAAGGUAAAAGGAAAACUCCCAUUGAUGUGCUCGAUCGGUGUAUGGCGAUGCAAAAUGGGGUGGAGCAGUCAACCGCAGAUAUGAGUAGACAUAUUGUAGCUGCUGAACUUGUGUCGAAGUGGAGCCCUCCUCCGCCAGGUUUAGUCAAGCUUAAUACAGAUGCUUCUAAAAGCCAUGAUGAUUGCUUUAUGGGUUUGGGGGCUGCCAUUAGAGAUGAAGAUGGGCAGGUCUUGGUUUCAGCUGCUAAUCGCAUCCCGUCAGUUCAAGAUAUAAUUCAAGGAGAGGCUCAAGCAAUUUUGUUUGGGCUACAUCUUGCUCAAGACUGUUCACUCAGAAACGUGAUGGUGGAAGGUGAUGCUCUCGUCGUGAUUAAUCAUUUGAAUCAAGACCACAAGGAUUUGUAUCUUCAAGGUUUGAUCUUUGAAGAUAUCAAGCAUUUAGUUGCUAGUUUUGAUUCUGUUAGUUUUUGUUAUUCCCGUAGAUCUAAUAACCAAUGUGCUCAUGGUUUAGCAAAGUGGGCUUUGAAUUUAGAUGAGGCUAGAGUAAUCAUGGAGGAUGUCUCUAGCCAUAUUUGGCCUUGUAUUUUGCAGGAUGUUUCUGCCUUUUGUUAG